GUGCUCUGCUCGCUUUGCGGCGCAAGCGGGGUCGCAGAACAUCCGCAAAGGCGCAGCAGCUGCGUUCGGAAAGUUCAUCGGCAACGUUUUGCCGUGGCUGGAUGAGAAGCAGGGCUCUGGGUCAGAAGCCAGCGGCAAGACUUGGAAAGAGCUGAUUCAGCUGAAGGACCUUGGGUCCAGUUCUUUUGACAAGGCUCUUCAAGUGAACCUGGACUCCUCCAUCUAUGGCAGCUUCGCGGAAAUCGGCGCCGGCCAGGAGGUGUCCAGAACCUUCCUGACUGCGGGGGCAGCAGCUGGAACGGUUGCACGAUCCCUCUCAGCCUAUGACAUGCAGAUUUCGGAUGUGACUUAUGGCAAAGCAAAGCGAUACGUCACCAAGGAGCGGCUAGGGCAGAUGCUGAAGACAGAGUACGACACUCUGGAGGCCAGCAUCCGGGAAGAGAAGGGCCCACAGACUCGCUUCUUUGCAGUGGCCACCACCUUGGCCGCGAAGGCCUACAUGUCCAAUCGUGAAUGCGAGGGCUGGGUUGGCAUGACCUUCCAGCACCAGGCUGGUGCCCAGCCGAGCACCGUGCAGCUUCAUGUUCGCAUGGCCGACGAGACGGCGCAGCUGCAGGGCGAGGCCAUCGGCCGACUGGGUACAAAUCUGGUGUACCUGUGCAACUUCGCGAAGGACCCAGUCGUCAUCACUUCCUUCCUCCUUGACGGCAUCGAGGAGGGCCGCCUGGAAGUGGACUUCGUGGAGUUCACGGGGCCCGCCUUCCCCAAGGAGAAGAUGGACUAUCGCUUGCUGGCGAUGAAAAUGGUUGAGUUCAAAGUCGCUCCUUCCGUGCUCUUGGUCUAUGACGAACAGAAAGGAUCGUACGUCCACGCUGUGCCCAACAACUCCUUUUACAAGACUCCCGUGGUGGUGCAGAGGUCGCGCUUCAGACCGGUGACCUUCGCGCACCGCGAGGUGAUCGAGGCGGCGUCCAAAAAGCUCAGCCGAGAGCUGGGCUCGGACUCGCGGCCGGUGAUGCAGAUGUUGGACUUCCAGAUCGACGACAUCGUGCGGCCCAGCAACCUGCUGGGCACCGAGGGCCGUUUGCGGCGCACCCGCGCCGCGGUGCAGGCCGACCUCGACGGCGACGGCAUGCUCUCGCUGGACGGGGGGCCCAGCCUCCCGCGGAUAACGCAAAUCCAAAGAGGCCCCGAAGGCAUCAAACGGGUCUUCGGUGUCAUCAUAGUCUCCUGGAUCUCCCAAGUACCGCGGAUUGUGGCCGAGAAGUUGCAUCAAGGCUCCGGGCCCAUGCGUCCUGAGCUCCUCGUGAAGCUCAGGCUUUCCUGCGGAUUGCUCAACAACCUGAGCACCGCCGGCGCUGGCAAGAAGAAGGCUGAAACUUGCUUCGACAGGCUCUUCCGCAAUCUGCGCAACAUUCUGAGCAUCACCAGCGCGCUUGUGAAGCCUGAAGCCCAGUCGCUCGGUGGCGCUUGCAAGGAGUGGUUCGAGGCCGUGCCCGAGUUGCUGUCCUCCGAAGGCUGGGCGCAGGCGAUGGCCCGGCCCCACGCCAGCCUGCUGCACCGCAGCUGCCCUCGGGGCGGGCACCUCAUCAAGUUUCACCUGCGAGGCAUCACCGUGUCCGAUCCCCCGGAGAGACCCGGCGAUCUGCUUAUCCGCCCAGAGGUGAGGUGGUCGCUCAACGAGAAGUUCCCCAUCAACGGGACCAGCGUCAGUCCGCAGGAGUUCAUCGCCCCGGGCGAGGCCGUGGUGCAGGGCUCGACCUCUUGGAACUUGAUGCGCCUCUGCACGGUGCUCUUCGGCAGCAUGGUCGGGGACUUCAUGAGCUUCUUCUACCACGACGCCCACACCCAGGUGGCAUUGCGCCAGAGGGUGCGGCGGAACUACCCCACGCAGGGCGACAGCGUUUGCAUCUUCUGGGAGGCCGAGGGCAAGCCUCAGGAGGGCUUCCUGAUGACCCGCCCCCAAGGCGACGCCACGGACUGCUUCGAUGUCUUCGCGGUGCUCCGUAUGCCGGAGGAUCGGUUCGCGCACUGGGCCACCUUUCAAUUCAGGAUCUUGCUGGAGUCGGCACGGAAGACAGCCCAGUGGUUCCUUAACCGCCCUGGCAUCAAGGAGCUUCGAGAAGUAGACCGGAAGUUCUACACAGUGCUGUCCAUGCAGAGCUUCAAGCGCGGCAUGCCCCUAGUGCCGUCCGAGCACCCGGCCACGGUGGAGAUCGACGCGGGGGAGCGGGUGGGCUUUCGGCAUUGGGCGCGUUUUGAGCCAGGCGACUUCGGCAGCGAGAAGUUUCAGCUGGCGCACUACGUCCAGCGCUUCCUCGCCUCCGCGGGCGAGGAGCUCCGAACCUUUCGAAGCCUCGACGGCUCUGAGCUGGUGCCCUACCAGUGCGUGGUCGUCCGGCAGGAGUGGGACAGAGUCCGUGAAAAGUUCUUGACUCUCUACCCCUUGCAGAAGACCGCCUACCGCCGCGCCAACGGGGGAUCCAGCGCGCCCGGCAUGCAUGAAGACGUGGAGCCCAAGUUCUUGCCGAAGAAGUCGGCAGUUCCCAAGCCGGAAGUCAAGCAGGAGCCCAGGUUGAUUGUGCGCAACACCUUUUUGGACAUUGAAGAGGAUGAGGAGGAUGCAGUGCAGAAUGCCGGCCUUGAAAAAGUUUUCGCGCAGAAGCUUCCGGCCGAUGAAGCGAAGCAGUUGGCAAAGGACGUGGAUUUGGACAACAAGGGCAAAGUGAUGGUGGACCAAGUGCUCGGUUGGACGGACAAAUCGGUGAACAACGCGGAGUUCCUCGACCGCUUCAGGAUGCUGGAGUCCCUGAAGCUGCCGGUGCUGGUGUCCGGUGUCGGGUCGGACGCCGAGCUCUCGGCGUAUUUGGCGAGAUACACCAACGCGCCGAUCGUCCUGGCGGUGGGCGGAGGCAACUACGACAUUGCUCGUGGGAUCUUCAACUCGAAGAUCUACGACGACUACAACGGCGGCAUGUUGGAGGCAUUUGGGAAGCUCUUCGCCGGCAAUGUGCGGAUAUACCAGUAUCCCAACAUCAGCGGGGAGGGGGAGGUGUCGAGCGAGGUGGAGAUCAACGGCACCACUGCAGACUUGCACAAGUACCUGGUGGGGGAGGGCAAGAUUGUCGCCAUUGAGCCAGAGUACAUGACCAGCCAGGCCGUCAGCAAAGACAGCAACGAUCCCUACCGAGGGCAGUCGGAGGAUGUGGUGAAGCUGAUGCAAGAGGGCAAGCCCUGGGAGAAGUAUGUGCCCAGUGAGGCCGCGGCCAUCAUCAAGCAGUCCAGCUGGUUCCAGAGGUAUACUGCAGGAGGAGCGAGCUCUCAGGAGGUCAUCUACAAAGUCUUCGAAGUGCUGGACGCCGUUGGGGCGUGA